CAUCACUGCCAGCCUAGCUUGUGAGUUAAACAAGCUAACUUUGGAAACGCCAACCUUUUUAAUACGAGAUAGCAGCGUCACGGGCGGAAAUACACGUACCGAGGUGGACAACAAGUGGACAGGAAAAAAAAGGAUACACGUUGAAAGCAAACGUCGAAUGCUCGCGUGUACGGAUGCAAUUGACAGUCGGCGUCGGUGAGUGGAUUCAGUGAAGGAUGGAGAAGGAAGCGCUGAACGCGGUCGUCUUCAACGUGUCGAAGAGAGAGCUGUUCACGACGAACAAUGGCUACAAAUCCGUCCAGAAAAGACUGAGAGCUCAAUGGAAAAUCCAAAGUAUGAAGGAAGAGCUGUCUCUGGAGAAGCUGAAGGGUGUCAAGUUGUGGAUAACCGCUGGACCAAGGGAGAAGUUCACAGCUUCAGAGCUGGAGGUGCUGAAGCUGUACCUGGACGGGGGAGGAAACGUCCUGGUCAUGCUCGGUGAAGGGGGAGAAAUGAAGUACAACACCAACAUCAACUUUCUCCUGGAGGAGUUUGGCGUGAUGGUCAACAAUGAUGCUGUUGUGAGAAAUGUGUAUUACAAAUACUUCCAUCCGAAAGAGGCGCUGGUGUCCAACGGUGUGUUGAACAGAGAGAUUAGUCGGGCUGCUGGCAAAGUGGUCACGGGCAUCAUCGAAGAGGAAAAUGUUGGAAACAAUGCACAGGCUCUCACGUUUGUGUACCCGUACGGAGCCACACUGAGCGUGAUGAAGCCGGCUGUGGCCGUUCUUUCAACUGGCUCCGUCUGCUUCCCCCUCAACAGGCCGGUCCUGGCAUUUCACCAAGGAAAGGAGGGUGGCAAACUGGUAGUGUUGGGUUCCUGCCACAUGUUCAGUGACCAAUACAUAGACAAAGAGGAGAACAGUAAAAUCCUGGAUGUUGUGCUGCAGUGGCUCAUGGCUGAUAAUAUCCAGCUGAAUCAGAUUGACGCAGAAGACCCAGAGAUCACAGAUUACACCAUGCUGCCAGACUUAGGGUGCUUGGCGGAACAGCUCAGAGUGUGCUUACAAGUGGGUGACGAAAACCCCAGGGACUUCACCUCGCUGUUUGACAUGUCCUUGUUCAAUUUGUCAACCGACGCCUUACCCCAAGUCAUCAGUGCCUACAAGCAGCUUAAUGUCAAAGACGAGCCACUUCAGCUGAUAGCGCCACAUUUUGAGACGCCGCUGCCUCAGCUCCAACCCGCUGUCUUUCCACCUGCCUUAAGCGAGUUGCCUCCUCCUAUGCUGGACCUGUUCGACCUUGAUGAAGCUUUCUCCUCGGAGAAAGUGCGCCUGGCACAGCUCACCAAUAAAUGUACGGACGAUGAUCUUGAAUUCUACGUGCGGAAAUGUGGCGAGAUCCUGGGGGUGACUCCAAAGUUGGACAAAGAGCAGAGGGAUGCCAAGCACAUCUUGGAACACAUUUUCUUCCAGGUUGUGGAGUUCAAGAAACUCAAUCAGGAGCCCGACACCGAGGCACCAUUCACACCGUUGUGAUUGGAUUCAAGAAACUUGUAAAGACUCAUCUCUCCUGCCGUCAUACUGUAACAUGACCAAGCAGAUGUGUUCCCUAGUAGAAGGUACAAGAUUCAACAUGGGUACUGUUGGGUUUUAGAAAUCAUAGAUUUCUAUACACACUUAUUGUAUUUCACAAAGAAGAAAAAAAAAGUACAAUACACAUGCAAAUAAAGUUAUUGAUACUUUAUUUAAAUCUUUUUAAAAAAAAGGCACAGUUCUUUGCAUGAAUCCUCACACAUUGCUGUAAAGACAAAUCAGUAGUUAGAUGGGAAGAUUUUACCAACAAAAUGAUAAAACCCAUAAACAUUUAAAGCCUUAUAUAUAUUUUUUUUAAAGUCCACUUUGAUCCAUCCUUGGUGGAUGCAGACAAAAUCAUGACGUCUUCCUUCCAAAGCUCUGAACCUCCCCCUUGCCAAGUGUGUGUGUUUAGAAGAUUCUUGGCCGCGUCAGGGAGAAACUUCAGCUUGUGAAUGUAGUGUGGACUGAGGUUUUGGACUCAAUGUUGCCUCCAGAGCGCUGGACUCCAGGCAGGGUUUCGGGCUGUUCUCCGAUUUAAUCAGAGACACGUCCCAAGACAUUUGAGAGACGGUGAGGUCGCCGUAAGACUGGUCAGAACUGGAGGAUUUCAUCUGCUUUCCCAGGAGCACGUGGGGGGUAGAAGACUUUCCCUGCGAAGGCACGGCCAAGUGACAGCCGUCGGCCUCCUGGGUGUUCAACUUGUGCACGGAGAACACCAGAGAGGGAGAAAUGGGGUCCGACGACAGGCAGAGAGAAGUCAGGAGGGACAGCCGGGUGUCGGAGUCGUCCGCCACGGUGUCGUCGUUUGACCCUCGUGACUGCUCCAGCAACAGCAAACUCUGUUCCCCAAAAAACUUCCUGUCGAGCUCCGACGGAGGCGAACACUCAAAGCUUUUCAUAUCUAGGAGGAGAAAUGUUAGAUCCCACUCAGAAUCCCAUUGUCUGAUUGGACACAACUAAUAUAUCCAUCUUGAGAAGUAAAAUAGUAGUUUUCUUACCUUUAAUGACAAAAGCCUUCUCCAUUGUUUCCUUGGGCUGGCAAAUGCCGAUUGAUCUGCAGCUGGGUUUUAACCUGUUUUAACCUGCUGCUUGUUAAUUGACCCAGCUGGCGGCGAGGCAGGUCAUCAGUCCAGAGGAAGGUGGGGUAGCAUACAGCCCAUCAAUCACUUUUUUAAAAAUGUAGUAAACAUGUAAAUAAAAGAUUAUUUAAAU